AUGAGAGCAUGGCAACUGGACGGGAUCUGCGAACCGCUGACGGAAUGUCUCGGGACCCCGCUGCUCGGCCCUGGAAAGGGCUACGUUGCUAAUUCAACCACUACAAGUCUCGGAGGCGAUCGUGAUCCGUUGCGAUCGUCUGUCGACUUCUAUCUUGUCAAGUCGAGGGUUGAAUGCUUUGCGUUCAUAACACCUUAUGUCAACCCAAAACCCAGCGUAGGGAUCGUGGUAAGCCUCAUCACGCAUGGUAACAAUAUCCGGAAGUUUCUUGCCGUUUUCGAAUGCGCUUCCGAGGCGGUCACUGUUACGCGCUCGCGUUGUGCGAAGAACCUCGAAGAUAUUUACCAGUUCUCUGAACCACCAGUCUCGGAACAGGCAUGGGGCAAGUUGUGCCGGUCGGUUCGCCGCUUUCUGCAUGUCAAUACGAGCCGAGCAGUUCCCCACAUGCGUGUGAUGAACCUGACGCCUAAAGACAAGACUCGGAUAACCGACCGCGCUAACGAGUUCGUAGGACGAACACUGAUUCUGCCAAGAGGACGAUGGGACAGCUUUUUAACGUUUCCUGCGCUGCGUUAG